AUGGGUAUAAGAGUAAUUCACUCAGCGCUACCUACUUUGUCCUCAGCAGGUCAUCGAAUAACGAUACAUGUCAAAUGCAAUCCAUUAGACAACAAUAAAGCAAACACAUUGUGCAAUUUGUCGGACAAUACAUCAAAACUAUCUAAUUGUUUAUCAAGUUUACCGAAUACAACAGAAUUACAAUUUCUUGAUGAAUCACAAGUUUUACAUGCUUCUUUCCGAGUGGCGGCGGAAUCAGUAACACAACUUUAUAAAACAGCCUUUCAGCAAAAAAAUAUUGGAUAUGAACAAUGUUUAAAAGAUUUAUUGGAGUUUAUCGAAUCUCAUCCAAAUGUUCAGCAAAGACAACAAUUAGGAACUGACGGACGUGAUGCUAUCAUAUCGGUUGACGAUUUGAUAAAAUUUAUGCAUCUCAAAAAAGAACAACUCUCUUCUUUAUCAAGAAGAUCUCAAUCCCAAUUUCAAAUUUCAAAUCAACAAAUAUUUGAAGGCAUCCAAAAUAAUUUCAAUUUUCCAGUUCCUUUAUCAAACACUACUGAUAAUAAUAAUCAAAAUAUUCAACAUGAAAUAGAUAGAUUGGUGCCAAGUCAAGAUGAUAGUAAAAGAUGA